AUGCAGAAACGGCCGUACAAAAAGCGUGAUUGCUGUCUCAAGGCACCAGAGAAAACCCGAUCCAGAUCGACCACGUGCACGCUUCUCGAGGAUCACAAGCAAAACCUUUCAGCUGCUACCGAUGUAGUGGAACAGACGGACAUGCUCCUGACGAAUGUGGCGCAAUCAAGUCCAGGUGUAACAAGUGCAAAAAAGUCGGGCACUUGCAGAGGGUUUGCCGUUCAAAGUCCAAAGCUGACCAAAGGAAAGGUAAGAAAGGAAAAGAAAAGAAACCACCCAUGAAGGUCCGCAGCUUGAAUUCCAAACCUGGUACAGACUGGCUUGAAAACAGCUCAGAUGACGAGAGUGAAGAACUUGUACUCUUCCUCAACAAUGGUGACAGUUCCAUCACAGUGAGGAUUAACGAACAAAGGAUCAAAAUGAUCGUCGACACCGGUAGUAAGUACCAUAUAAUAUUCUCAGACUUGCAUAAGGUGCAAUUUAAGAACUAUGAACUGAGUCAAACUCAAGAACGUUUUACUGCGUAUGGCCAG